UAUCAAUUUACUUCCUUGUUGAACACAAAGUAUUAUUUACCUAAAGAUGGCUACGACGUUAAGUACUCUUGGAAUAGGUCUAAUGUUGAUUUCAACAAUAUAUUGUAGUACGUUUGGUUAUAACAACAGUUUAACCUGUAACUGUGAAGAAAGUUGUCAAGAUUCUGGUAUAUGUAGUACUGGAGGAUGUAAACAAGGAUGGUCUGGUCCUACUUGUCAAAAAGAAAAUGUAGCUCUCCAUAAACCAGCUAACCAGAGUUCUUAUUAUAAAUCAUACUGGCCAUCUUCACGAGGUGUUGAUGGGGAUAUAAAUACGUUUAUUGAUAUGAUGGCAUCUAAACAAGGUUGGUGGCUGGUUGAUUUACUACAAAAUUAUCCAAUAACAGAUAUCACUUUAUAUCACAGAAACAAAUUGUUACACAGGUUAAGAGGGUUUUAUGUAUAUAUUAUUAAUGAAGAUUUAGUAUCAACUUUAUGUUAUCAUCAUACCAAUGAAACUUUAACAUUUGUAUAUAAGAUACGAUGUAAUAGCACUGGUCGUUAUGUCAAUAUAACUAGUGAUACCAACAAAGCAAUUCUAAAUUUAAGCGAAGUGGAAAUAUACGUCUGUUCAGCUGGUACAUAUGGUGCAAACUGUACGGAAUUCUGCCAUUGUUCUCAGUACACACGAUGUGAUGACAUCACCGGGUAUUGUAAAGAUGGAUGUUUACCAAGAUGGCAUGGUAACAGCUGUAAUAAAAGUUGUUCUGAUACAAACAGCUAUGGUGAUGGGUGUAAAUUUGAUUGUGAUAAGAGAAAAUGUAAUGGAACAUCAGAUUGUGAUCAGGUGACUGGAACAUGUUUAUAUGGUUGCCAAGACGGAUGGGAAAGUCAAGAUUGUACAAGAGUGUGUUCACAAGGGAAUUAUGGUAAAAGCUGUCAAAAACUGUGUUCUGAUAGAAACUGUAAAUCAAGUGAUUCAACUUGUGAUCACGUGAAUGGAACUUGUGUUGGUGGUUGUAAAGCUGGCUGGACAUCACAUGAUUGUACUCUAGUGUGUUCACAAGGGAAUUAUGGUAAAAGCUGUCAAAAACUGUGUUCUGAUAGAAACUGUAAAUCAAGUGAUUCAACUUGUGAUCACGUGAAUGGAACUUGUGUUGGUGGUUGUAAAGCUGGCUGGACAUCACAUGAUUGUACUCUAGAACUGUAA